CCUGGCAACCCUGCAGAAGAGCAUGACUGAGUACGUCGAGUUUGAAGGCGUGUAAAGGAAGAACAUUACAGCCGAGAUAUUAAAUAGUUUUGUAGCAUGGACGAGCUAAAGCAUCAGGUUAUGAUAAACCAGUUUGUUCUGAUAGCUGGAUGUGCCUCGGAUCAGGCGAAGCAGCUUCUCCAAGCGGAACACUGGCAGUUCGAGACUGCCUUAAGCUCCUUUUUUCAGGAAGCAAAUAUUCCCUACAGUCAUCAAAUGAUGUGCACACCUGCCAACACCCCAGCAACUCCCCCCAACUUCCCGGACGCUCUGGCCAUGUUCUCCCACCUGCGAGCCUCCGAGAGCAUCGGUUCCAGUCCUAUUGCCUCCAUGGCUACCUCUCCUCCUCCCUACAUUAACUGGGCUGUGGGACACACACCACCCUCAAGCCAGCAGGGGCUUUGGGCGGCUGGUCAGCUUCCUACUCACACCGCAGUUAACCAACAGCCGACAUCUGAGCAGCCCGUGGAGGCCGAGAGAUGAGAGCACAAGCUCCUGCUGGGCCUCCACAAUGCAGGAUGAGGAUCGACGUCAUAACGAGAAGUGGAUAAAGCACUGAAAGACUGAGAAACAUGAGUAAUGAAGACUGAACACGUGUUCUCAUUUAAAAGACAGAACAGAAAACAGUUCACUGGUGUUUUUGUUUGUUUGUUUGUUUAUUUUGUAGUCCAGUGAUCUCCUGGAUGAAACAUGUACUUCAGACCUCAAGCUUCACAAGUGUGUAUGGGUUUAUUAGCUUAUUUCUCAUCACUCACAGAGGAGUUUUAGUCAGCAAAAAAAGACACACACACACACACACACACACAUUGUUUGCACUGAAACAUCUAUAAUUUUCUAACAUACAAAAGAAAACAGUGUCUGUCAGGUGGUGAUGUCGUAAUCAGGCUUGAUGAUUGUACACCAGAAUAGAAGGCUGUACAGCACAAUAAUAGCUAAAACCAUCAAAAUAUUACAUGUUUUUUGUCAAUUUAUGGAGAUGACAUUUAUUCACUGUUAUAUAUUUUAUCAUGUUAAAUAAAAAUGGCUUUUUCUUUUGCACCACAGCAAAUACAUGCAAAUAGCUAAUAGAAGCUAGUUAGCUAACUUUCCAGAAUUCCAGCUACACGCAAACAUCACAGUCGGUAAUGUUUAACGCACCGAGGAUGCCAGAAAAUAAGAGAAAAAAAUAGUUAAAUUUGUAGCUCUAUCAUUUGGUUUAGAGUUUAUUCCAACAUAAGGGAUGAAGUCACCACCGAGUUACACACUCUCAGGGAGGCUUUUGUGUAAGAAAGAGCUCAUGCCCAUCUGUUGGUGAUAUUUGGUGUGUAGCCUCAACCCCUAGUGAACUGCUACUGUGGCUCUGAGCUCAGUUCGUCAUGAGACCACAAAAUAUAACGUGUGUGAGGAGACUGGACGCAUGCUGGAUGACCUGAUCCCUGGUUAGCACACACAGGAGUCAGACAUCAUAGAAAUAUCUGUCCUUAAAGGGAAACCCUACAAAUCCAUCUGGGUUCUUGGGAAAUAUCACAUUUUCCCUUGGGGAUGAAUAAAAUUCUCUUUCUCUCAUA